AUGGCAACCGCCAAAAAGUUCACAGUAUCUCUGGUGUACUUCGGGUUUGAUCUGUACACCACGCAGCUCCCAGGAAGUAUCUACUUCAACUACUUUAUCAUGAAUCUUAUCGACAUCCCAGUACUCGCCUUUAGUUGGUUUGUUCUGUACAAGUAUGGACGGCGUCUUUCGUACUUCGGUUUCAUGGUCUUCGCUGGGGUCGCCUCGUUCAUUGUAACUGGUCUACCUUCCGAGUACGGCACGGCUACCACAGCUUUAGCAAUCAUUGGCCGCUCGCUCGUGUGGAGUCAGUUCAACAGCAUUUAUAUCAUUACUGGAGAACUUUUUCCUACUGUGAUCAGAAACACGGCCAUGGGUCUCGCGUCCCUCUUCGCUCGUGUCGGUGCCAUUCUUUCCCCAUUCAUCGUCAUGGUGGCUCAGCUACCAGGCCUUAGCAUCACUCUCCCAGUGACUAUAUUUGGAGUGCUCGCUCUAGGCUCUGCGGUAGCCUCGCUCUGGCUCCCAGAGACUAUGAACGCUGACAUGCACCAGACGAUUAACGAGGCCGAGAGCGCCAAAGAGGAUUUUGGGAUACCUUGUUUGAAACGGAGGGAAGCAAACGUGGUGGAGCUAGAUGACAUGCGCGGGGAUGACGUCACCCAGGCUGAACAAGACGUCAACGCGUAG